ACAUUUUGUUUGCUGUUCCCUGCUUCCCCUUGAACCGUGACCGAGCGGCUGAUGUAAUGGCAUCUGGGGGAGAGAGAAUUGCAUGAAAACACAGAAGCAGCGAAGCAUGGCGAAGUACCUGGCUCAGAUCGUGGUGAUGGGGGCGCAGGUGAUCGGCAGGGCAUUUGCGAAGGCGCUGAGGCAGGAAUUUGCAGCCAGUAGAGCUGCAGCCGAUGCUCGAGGUCGGGCUGGUCAGCAGUCUGCAGCUGCUUCCAACAUCUCGGGCAUGACGCUACAGGAGGCCCAACAGGUCCUCAACGUCACCACACUCUCCCCCGAGGAAAUUCAGAAGAACUACGAGCACUUGUUUAAAGUUAAUGAUAAAUUGGUUGGUGGGUCUUUCUAUCUGCAGUCAAAGGUGGUGCGUGCCAAGGAGCGGCUGGAUGAGGAGCUGAAGAUUGAGAAGCAGGACCAGAGCUCCCAGACACGGAGUAAAACACAGCAGCACCCUGAGACCUGAGCUCAGGCAGCACCCCCCUCUCCCCUCCCCUGUAAAUUAUAUCUCCAAAAUAAAAUCUCUUUUCAGUA